UCUAAUUUAUGUUAUCCACAGCCGCAGGUUUCUAAUCUAUGUUAAAAGAAGUAUAAUUAAUUGAUUGAUAAAUACUUUAGGGAGCUCGUCAUUAUUAGGGAUUAGAAGAGGCCAUUCUAAAAAAUAUUUAAGCAUGCAAGGAAAUAUCAAAUAUGACAAAAACAUCAUUAGGUCCAAAUGGAAUGAAAAAAAUGGUUGUUAAUCAUAUAGAUAAAAUAUUUGUUACAAGUGAUGCAGCUACAAUUUUAAAAGAGAUGGAAAUUUAACAUCCUGCUGCUAAGAUGGUUCUUAUGGCAGCUAAAAUGUAAGAAACAGAAUAAGGCGAUGCUACCAAUUUUGUAAUAACAUUGGCAGGUGAAUUAUUGUAAUAAGCUGAAAGUUUGAUUAAAUUAGGAUUACAUCCAAGGUAAUAUUAAUCAAUAUUUAUUAGCUAAAUUGUGGUCGGUUAUGAAACUGCUCUUAAAAGUGCAUUAGAUUUGUUAGAUCAAUAGAAAUCUUGGGAAAUCAAUGAUGUAGCUGAUGAAACAUAAGUUUUAUAAGCUAUAAGAACUUCUUUAAGUAGUAAAUUAUCAGAGUAAUUUUUUUAUUUAUAUAUAUAAAGUUAUUCUAAUUUAAUUGCUGGUUUAGUAACUAAAGCAUGUAUUAGAUGUUUACCAAAAGAGAAAGCUAAUUUUGAUUCAGAAUAUGUUAGAGUUACCAAAAUCUUAGGUGGAUCAGUAUUGGAUAGUCAUGUUUUAUCAGGAUUGAUUGUGACUAGAAAUGUGGAAGGUUAAAUUAAUAGAUUAGAAAAUCCCAAGAUUUGUGUUUUUAAUGCUCCUUUAGAUCCAUAAUCUUAAGAGACAAAGGGAACAGUGUUAAUUAAAAAUGCUUCAGAAUUGAUGAACUAUACUAAAAGUGAGGAAGAACUUGCUGAAAAAAUAGUUAAGAGUAUUGCUGAUGCAGGAGUUAAUCUUAUAGUUGCAGGUGGUAGUAUUUCAGAAUUAGUAUUACAUUUUAUUGAAAAAUAUAAAAUGAUGAUUGUGAAAAUUUAAUCUAAAUUUGAAUUAAAGAGAUUGUGUAAAGCUAUAGGAGCUAGUGCAUUAUCUAGAUUAUCUGCACCUAUGCCAGAUGAAUUAGGAACAUGUGAUAGAGUUCAUGUACAAGAAAUUGGAAGUCAAAAAGUGACUAUUUUUGAAAAACAAAGUGAUACUUGUAAAUUAGCAACAAUUGUUUUAAGAGGUGCUACUUAAAAUUUAUUGGAUGAUAUUGAAAGAGCUAUUGAUGAUGGUGUUAGUUGUUAUAGAUCAUUACUUAAAGAUUCAAGAUUUGUUUAUGGAGGAGGUGCAACUGAAAUUGUAAUAUUUUAUUUUUAUUUCUAUUUAGAAAUUAGCAUAAUUAUUAGAAUAAGAAGCUAAUAAAAUUAAAUCUAUUGAUUAAUAUGCUUAUAGAUAAUAUGCUUAAGCUUUUGAAAUCAUUCCUAGAAUAUUGAUUGAAAAUGCUGGUCUUGCUUAAAAUGAAAUGAUGGCUUAAUUGCAUAAAUUAAAUUCUGAAAAACCUCAUUCACUCAAUAUUUAAGUAAAUAGAUUUAAUAUAAAUUAUUAUUAGACAGCAACAUUAACUCCUUCAUAAGAUUUGAAAGUAUAUGAUCAUCUUAAGACUAAAUGGUGGGCAAUAAAAUUAGCAACUGAUGCUGCUGUUACAAUUUUGAGAGUAGAUUAAGUAUAAAUAAUUAUUAUAAUUAGAUUAUCAUUGCAAAACCUGCAGGAGGACCAAAAAUGCCAGAUAGAGGACAUUGGGAUGAUUAAGAUUGAGUAUGAUUAUAAUCAUAUAAUUAU